AUGGAGCUAGCAGCGUUACAAACCCGUCCCUCGACGGCCGCCGUUGCGGCCUUUUCACCGGCGAAUUCUUCUUCUUCGUCAUUGUCUACUCUGAGAAGAAACCCACUAACUUAUUUUCCUACUACUUCAUCUGCUAUUACUUUUCCUAAGCCUCAGAGCGUCCAAUUUUCCCCCUCAAAAAUCAUUCCCCAAAUCUCUACAAACCCACCCUCAUCCUCCUCCAAAUGCAUUAAAACUCGCGCUGCCGCCGACGGCCUCUCACCCCCGGAAACAACACUGAAAGCCCGGCUCAGAAACGGCGAGACCCUUUACGGGAUAUUCCUCCUCAGCUUCUCCCCAACGCUUGCCGAGAUCGCUGGCCUCUCCGGCUAUGACUUCGCCGUCGUCGACAUGGAACACGGCCCCGGCGGAAUCUCCGAAGCUUUGCAUUGCCUCAGAGCUCUCGCGGCCACUAACACCGCCGCCAUCCUCCGUAUCCCCGAAUCCUCUGCCACCUGGGCCAAGAAAGCCCUCGAUCUGGGUCCGCAGGGGAUUAUGUUCCCGAUGAUCGAUACCGCCGAGGAUGCUAGAAAGGCGGUGUCUUUCUGCAGGUUUCCUCCUAAUGGAAUCCGGGGCUCCGCCCACACCGUGGUGCGGGCAUCCGGGUACGGGCUUGACCAAGGGUAUCUCAGCAAUUACGAAGACGAGCUGCUGAUCCUGUGCCAGGUGGAAUCCGAGAAAGCGGUGAAGAACAUAAAGGAGAUAGCGGCGGUGGAAGGCGUGGAUUGCAUCCAGAUGGGCCCUUUGGAUUUGAGCGCCAGCUUGGGUUACUUGUGGGACCCGGGUCACAAGAAGGUGAAGGACGUAUUGAGGGCCGCCGAGAGAGAAAUUCUGGAGGACCAAGAUGAGGAUGGCGGUGGCCGUAAGGCGUACUUGUCGGGUUUUGCAAUGCCGCACGACAGGGCGGUUGAUCUGAAAGCCAGAGGCUAUCACAUGGUGUCCGGACCUGUGGAUGUUGGGUUGUUCCGGAAUGCGGCGGUGGAGGAUGUGAACACGUUUAGGAUGGGCUUGAAUGGAAGUUCGAGUGACGAUCAUAGUGAUGAGGAAGGAGAUGGUAAGGAGGAUGAUGACGACAAGUAUUGGAGUGAGUAG